ACACCAGCCUUCCGCUGCCUACGUGCGAACGAUCCUCACGGAUUAUCUGGUGUAGCGAUCUCUGCUCUCUGGCUUUUAACCGAUUUCUAGCUGUUUCGAGUGUUCUAUUCGCUUGGAGACUUGUGUGUGUAAAGCGAGGAAUAAAUGCUGAUAAAGACCGCCAUUCCUGAGCGGGAGCUCCGCUUGGAAGCGAGGGCCACCGAUUUCAGUUGGAGACGAGGCAUUUAACACCACCUCCUCGCCGCCCCGUCUCCAACUGCAGCAGCGGCCGGGGCAGAAAAGGCGAGGCGCUAAAGCUGAACGAUCCGGCGACUCCGCGGGCGCCCGCCUCCAGCGUCGCGCUUGGCAACCACCGUGCGGCUUAAGACGCGAGAGACGCCGCCCUUGGCUCAUUGGCCGAGCCGCUCCCUUCGCCCGGAAAGCCCAGCCCCGCUUCUUCUGCCAUCCCCCCUCCCGUCCCCGGCGCUCAGCCUAUCCGCGACCGGCCAGCGUCCGACGGCGGCGCAGUCACGUCCUUCUGCUCGCCGGGGAGGGUCCGUCUGCCUGCCUGCCUGCUGCCCGUGGCUCUCCCGCGAUGCUGGCCUCGGCGCCUGCAAGAUCCGCCCCGUUCCACGCCGCCUCCGCCGCCGCCGCCCCUCCCGCCGCUCACCAGAAGCCUUGCUGCGGCCACGGCAAAGACACGGUAAGGCGGACGAGCCAGAUCGGCCGCUACUGGCGGCGCCGGGGCUGCUUGCCAGCCUCUCUCCGGGCCGCCGCAGGGAUCGGGAGGGAAGGCGAGCCGGGGCAGGCGGCCUUGGCGCGGCUACUGCUCCCCUGCCCGCCGCAGCCGGAGAGAGGGAUGCUGGGGGAAGGAGAAGGCUUUGCGCCACUGCAGGCCUGGGAGGUGGCCGUCGCGAGGAUGGCGAGGAGAAAUCGCCUUGCCCUCCAGCGCGACCCCUGGCGCCUUGCCCUUUCUAUUUCAAGGCCGCGAAGGCUGCCUGAUCGGCGCGCCGCCGCAGGCCCCGGAAAGCCCUGGACGAAGCCGCCUCGCUUCGCCGCCGCGGGCGCCCGAAGCCCUCUCGCGGGCCUCCCUCGUGCGCAUCUGCUUCCCAUCAGACCUCUUUCCGCCUCUCCAUCCUUCCCUCCCAGAGGUGCCCGGCUGGCCCUUGGCUGGCACCUCUUCUUCCAAGCCAGCGCCAUCUGCGUGCCAGCCCAUCCCCGCCGGGGGCUCCUGGAAGACGGGGACGAGGGGGGUCCGCCGCUCCCCUUCUCCCCGCGCUCAGCAGCACCGAGCUGUAGGUGACCUCUGUGCGCGAAGCGUGCUUCGCGCCGACUCCUCGAGCUGAAUGCUCCUUGCGCUCCUGGGCAGCACAUACCCAAGUAGUAGCGAGGCCAGAUGGUGUGACCCCGGGGUAGGCCACAGACACGGUAACGUGGGCUUGGCAAGGUCUAGAUGCAGCGCACAGGUAACAGUGUCGUCGCCUUUCCUGGCUACCUGUUCGUGGGUGCUGCUUCCCUCCAGUUUCCUCUUUUCAGGUUCUUCUCCUUGACCUCUAAAUGCCCCUAAUGCCCUUGCGUGUUCUUAUAUCUGCUGGAUGAAGGCAAAAGUUCAAUGGGCGGAGAACAUGGAGUCAUGAGGUUUUGCCCCAAAGGGAUGGGUGUAUUUGAAUGUCUUCAAAUGGACGUAGAUAAUUCUAAAGGAAUGUCAUUUUAAAAAUAAAUAGCAAGGGUUUUUCAAAAUUCAAGAGCAUGGCUACAUCAAAUUCCACUGUCUGCAAUGGGAAAUACCUUCAUUCUCAGAUUGAUUUUGAUGUGUUUCAAAAGGGCUAUCUGAAUGUGCUCUGUUUUUGCAGCUGAUUUUUGCAGCCAUUAUGGCUGGAUGCAGAUUGUAUUUGUUGCCCUAGGCAGAAGCCUAGUGCCAUUCAUAAGGCCAAUAUAGCUGCUAAGUAGAUAGAAUUCUACAGUGCCUAUUACAUUACAUAUAUCUAGCAAAUAAACAGUUAAUUAUACCUGGGAUAUUUCUAACUUUCCAUGUAUACUGUCACAAUCCUUUUUGUUUGUAAUAGAAUUAAACACAAUAUUAACUACUAGCACAAAUUCAAAGCCAUUGACAACCAAAGGUAUGGGGAUAAAACAUAAAUGUGUGUUUUGAAAAUGUGCUUUGGUAUUGAGCAAAAAUGACACAUGACAUCCAAUUCUAAACAUGCUUUUAAAAGUACAUGUGAGACUAAUGUUUCUUUCACACUUCAGUAUGGAACUGUGAUUUUUUUUUGACAUGACAUGCUAAAUUUCAUUCACACCAGUGGCUACAGUGUUCAUUGGACAAUGUUGCUACUCCCUCAUCCUUUCUGCACAUGUGUGCUUCUGUUCCAACUUGAUUCCCCCGUGAAAAUGGCAGGAAAAAUCUGCAUGCUAAUCACCACCUCUGAUUUCAUCAUUUUACUCCUGCUAUUUUUUUGUUUUUUGUUUAGUGGGGUUGCAAACAGAUUCUUUGUCAAAAGCAAUGCAGAGAGAUAGCAUCCACUUUCAGAUACACUUGAGAUAUAUGGCCACAGGUUCCUGAUUCGGCAGGUGAUAACAUGUGCAGAAGUCAGAUGUCCUCAGCUGGUUCAGGUUGACUGACUGGAAAUCCAAGGGAUUGAAGGCUACUGUAUGAAAGAAGCAUGUACACUGUCAUAUGUAAAUAUUCUGGCUGCCAGUACAGGUGUUGUCUUCCAGACAAGUGUCCAAGGAGCAAAACAGACUCAUGUAGCCAUUCACAUAUUACAUUUAGCAGAUACUGAUCUCAGUGGGAAGUUACACUGAGGCUAUUGUUUUUCAGUUGCUCCAUUUGCAUAUGCCUCUGCUCUUUUAGCAAGGUAUAUACUAGUGAUGUGCUUUCCUUUUAAUACAAUUCUUUCAAUAGAACUGUUCAUGUGUGGGCAACAUUGGUGAAAUCUUCUCCAAGAUGCCCUGUUAAAAGGCUUCCCAGCAGUUUUCAUAAAGUCUGUAGCAGAAAUAAAGCAACAUAUUUAAAAAGACACCUAGAGGCAAAGUAAGAACAAAAUCUAAUUCAUAAAACACAAAAGAAGAAGGUAUUUUCCUUCCAAACCUGAGCUUCUUGCUGAAAAGUUAUUGCAGCAUGAUUUUCAGUUGAUACAUAUAUAUGAUGAAGCUACAGUUAGAUUCUCGGCUAUAUAUGCAAAUUUAAGAACAAUAAUAGAGUUCAAUGCAACUGACUUACUAGUAAGCUUGUAUAGGAUGUCAGCCUAAAUUUGAUACAGAGAAUUAGCUAUGCUAAUAAAAAUAAUAAAAUCUGCUUUCAUCAGGGCAGCGAAACCUGUGGCCUUCCAGAUGUUGUUGGACUCCAACUCCCAGCAGCUCUGGCCAGCAUGGCCAAUGUUCAGGCAUGAUGGGAGUUGUAGUCCUGUAAUAUGUGGAGCUAUAAUUGUUUUCUGAAUAAAAAUCCAAGGUGAGUCUGUAAACAAGUUCCCUAUCAUUUCAGCGGCAUGUCAUACUGUUGCUUUGAAGGAACAUAUCUUUUAAACACAAAGCUCUGCCAUGAUUUAUUUAUUUGAGAAAUGAUACAUUUGGGCCCAUCUGUCAUUCCUGUUCUCCCGUAUCUUCGUCCAGCUAGGGGGUGGAGUCAGGACUGAGUGCUCACAAUGCUGCAUUCAGAUCUUGAUAAUGAGUAUAUGAAAGGUACAUCAAGAUUGCAGGAUGGAUAUCACUGGAGAGAAGGCAAAGAAAAUCCUCAAAUGCACAACGUAAAAGCACAGAGCCAGAGAACUGUGCACUCACUGUCCUUUUACCACCUAAGGAAAGCAGGAGCUGAGUGCAAACUGUUUCUCACCAAGGAACAUUAGAUGCAAAAGGCGAGGACUGGUAGAAGUCAGAUACUGACUGAGGGUAGCAAAGAUGAGAUAGACAUGACGUAGGUGACAGUGGAGAUAAGAUAAGGCUAGCGCUGUUAGGAAUGGGUUGUGUGUGUGUGUGUUUAUAUAGACAUAUGGGAGGGAUAGUGGCUUGAUAUAUAAAGAAGAAAUUUGGUCCAUUUUGUUUGUUGUUUAUUGAAAUGUUUUAAGAAGAUACAAUGAAAGAACCCCCUCUCCCCAAUUCCCAGCAAUGCAGUUAGUGAUAAUGGACAGGUAGCAUUAAAUCUGCAAUGUCCCAUUUUUCUCCCUGCCCCAUGCCUUUCAUGUCAUUGAUGUGUCAAGUUCUGUGCCUUAAAUAAGGCACCAUUUACAGUUACUACAUAUAUUGAUUUGACUAUUCUGGUAAUCAAAUUUUUACAAUGGAAAAAAGAUUAAGAGAGAGAGAGAGAAAACAAAUCAGUGUUGGUGGUGCAGAGGGAGCAAAAUCCGUCUUUUCAGUUUGCAAAAGAUUCCAAGAAAUUAUGUGGGAUAUUUUGAAAUGUAUAUUCCACCCUUCUUUUAAUAUAAUGUAUUAUUGCUUGUGAGCUGCAAGAUCUAAGAGGUCUUUCAUCAGGAGACUUGGCGACUUUCCACUUCUGCAGUCUGAUACGUUUGGCUCUGACUUCUGUGGUGGCCACAUCUCUGUGCUUUAAACAUUCCCUAUGUAAAAGGUAUGGAUUCCAGCCUAUAAUAGUUGGGAGAAAUUAUUCCUCUGAAGUAGGAAACAUUUACAGGUGACUGAACAGAACCUCAUACAGUGUGAACAAUUGCUUGGGCAGCACUGGAGUAUAUGGACCAAGUUAGCAGAUGUAGGAUUUCUUCCUCAGCGGGUUAUGUAUCUAGUUUGAGAGUCACUAAAAUGGCUGCUGGCCAUCAUAGCUAUGCUCUGCCCCAGUGGAUGGAGGCAGUAAUGCUUCUAAAAACCUGGAGCCACAGGAGGGGAGAGUGUACUUGUGCUUGAAUCCUGCUUGUUGGUUUCCCAUAAGCAUGUGGUUGGCCACUGUGAGAACAGAAUGCAAGACUAGAUGACCGUUGGCCUGACCAAGCAGGCUCUGAUGUUCUUAUGUAAAAAUAUUAUCAGCAAAUGAGUAGCAAGGCAUUUUCCUACCACUUCUGUGUGGUCAGGUCAAAUCCCAUGCAAAAUGUCACUUCAGUCAGUAUGACUGUGAAGUCUGCGUGUGGGUUAGAGCUGGAAUUUUAUGGAGGUUUGACUGUGGAGCAGGAAGUCAGAACAAAUAUUAGUCUCUUGAAUCACCUUUGUAUUUAGUAAUAUGAAUGUGUAAAUCUUACUGAGGCUGAUAUCAUUCAUGUUCUGUGGGCUGAAGGGCAUAGGUUUGAUUGCUUUCUGCACCUGUUCACACAGUAAGUUGGGGAGAAUAAGGUAGGUUUCAAAGUAUGUAGAAAUUCUUUGCUUACAGUAGCUUUGUGGCAAGGUGUGCUACCAGUGUUUGAAAUUGGUCAGGCGCCAGCCAUAUUUUCCAGCUGGCUUUUGACCACUUGCAACCAAGUGAAGAUGGACUGUUUUCACACACUGAUACCCCAUCCUGUAGAAUUCUAUCAGUUAUAUUUUAUCUGCACAAUUGGAAUGAAUUUCUGGAAUCAAAUUGCUUUCUCUGUGCAGCCUGAAGCAGCAGCAGUCACCAUUAAGAAAAAAAAAGUUGGAAUGGGCCUCUUAUAUGUGACUGUCCCCAACCAAGUUGGGAGAAUGCUGUUCCACUCAGGGCCUGAUUCUGGGCUUCCAGUGGGUACCUGUGCACUGUGAGAACAGGAUGCUGGACUUGGUGGGCUUUUGGCCUGAUUCUGCAGGGCUUUUCUUGUGCCCUUAAAAUAAGAUAUGAAAAGUUUUUGUUUUUUUAAGACGGCAAAUAAUUCCUUUUGGUUUAAAAAAUGAAUUGUUCCAUGCCCAAGGGUCCAGAACAAUUUCAACUUGUCAUCCCUUUGUGCCUAUGCAGACUUGUAUUUAUUUUUAGAGAAAGUUCUUAUGCCGUUUUGUUGGUGCUGACCUUUAAAGCCUUAAACGGCCUCAGCCCUGUAUACCUGAAGGAGCGUCUCCACCCCCAUCGUUCAGCCCGGACACUGAGGUCCAGCUCUGAGGGCCUUCUGGUGGUUCCCUCGCUGCGAGAAGUGAGGCCACAGAGAACCAGGUAGAGGGCCUUCUCUGUAGUGGCUCCCACCCUGUGGAACGCCCUCCCAUCAGAUAUCAAGGAAAUAAACAACUACCUGACUUUUAGAAGAUGUCUGAAGGCAGCCCUUUUUUGGGAAGUUUUUAAUGUUUGAUGUUUUAUUGUAUUUUUAAUAUUUUGAUGGAAGCCGCCCAGAGUGGCUAGGGAAACCCAGCCAGAUGGGCGGGGUGUUAAUAAUAAUAAUAAUAAUAAUAAUAAUAAUAAUAAUAAUAUAUUCAGUGCUAGGGAUAUACAAGAACAAACUUACUUUUCUUUUAGAGGGAGGCUUCUUAACCCGAGUAUGAAGGAACUCCAACCUAUUCCUGCCAGGUGGUGUUUCCUAAAACAAUUAGCUUCUAAAGCUUGCUACCUAACUUUGCUUCCACAACAUCUUUUAAAAAUGUAAUAAUCCUAUAAAUUGCAGAAUCAUGAGGUGGGACAACAGAUGCCAGAGUUUAGUGUUGCUAAGUCAGGAGUGCUUAACACUGACUUGCAUUUUGUCCCUGCUAUUUCAGUCUUGGUGAUAUCCUUGAACAGGGAUUGAGUCAUGUGAUAGCUUUAUCAUCUUCAAGGCUGGGAUCAGACACUGACAUGCAGUUUCACUUAUGACCCAGUCAGAGUUCACAUUCUGAGAUCCCAGAACUGAUAUAUAGGGGCAUUUACAGGCUGCCCUGUUAAGACCCCGCAGCCCCACUCAUUAAGCUCGUUGAACUUUCAACUUGUGGAGCCUGACAGUUGUCUUUGAACUACCGCAGACCUAAAACGACUGAUCAGCUCUUGCACAGAGGAAGCAAGUAACUUUUCCUCCCCUUGAUGAUUCAUAUCUUAAUCGGGGUUAACCACAGAAAAAACACUGUGAUAUUGUCUGUUUCAGACACCUGAUCCCCUGUGAAGUUAAUAGUUGCUUAGAACUCAAUUCUCAUUAGAUACAGGAUUAUCUUUUAAUAUUCCUUAAUUUCAGUAAUUGCAUAAGAUGGGAUUUAGACACCUCCCACUGCUUCAUAGGCAUAGUUUAGACUGCUGCAUUAAGGUGGCAUGUCAUGAUCGAUUCAUCACACAGCCAUCACUGACGUUUCCCGUGCUGUGGUGGCUUUCUUGAAAACCCCCGGAGCUGAUCCUGGUGACAUGGCUUUCUUCAGUGCUACCUGCUGGAGUUUUAGAAUGGAUUUGUAGCCAGUUGGAAUAGAAGUUGUCCUGACUGAUAGCUGUCACAUCUGAGCACCACGAAAACAUCAUUAAGGAUGUAAAGGAGCUGUUCCAGGUGUUGUUUCCUCCAGUUCACACUAGUAUAGCAAUGGACAAGUACAGCACUGGAGAAGGAGGCCUAUGAAGACAAGCUCUGAAUUUUCUGGUUUCGGAGCAGAGACAGUGCUUGCCGCAUGGAAAGAUGCACGCAGAUCUAGUCACUCCAGACAGCUGUAGAAUCUUGAGAGGUCCCUUCUCUGACCUAGUGCUCACAUUCAGGUCAACUGCUUUUGAGAUCUGUUAACAUUUCAUGGCUCUCUUUUAGCCUUUCGCAGUGACACGUGUUGAGUAUACCAGGGGUCAGCAAGCAUACCGCGCCUUGGGCCGGUGUCUCCAGUGCCGAUUGCAUGGCGAGCUGGAGGGUGGGGGAGCGCGUGCCCAUACGCGUGCACACACUCUAUUUCUGGCGCACUUCUGGGUCGGAGGAGCACUGGAAAUAGCUUGUGCACAUGUGCACGGGCCUCCUCUGACCCGGAUGUGCACCAGAAAUAACGCUUGUGCAUGCGCAAAUAAUUCUUGCACAUGUGCACAAGCUAUUUCCAGUGCUCCUCCAACCUGGAAGUGGGCAGCCAUGCAGUGCAGCGCCGGUAACAGCGGGUGGAGGCAGCGGGCAGAACGAGUUGCCGCGGGCCAGAUAAACGAGUCCCAUGGGCCUUAGUUUGGGAACCUCUGGAGUAUAUGCAGUGAUGGAGGAAGGGAGGGUGCGGGCCGCCCCGGGUGUCAUCAGUGAGGGGAUGUGACAAAAUGACAAAAAUGUGAGUUUUUUAAAAAAUGGGGCUCACAAAACUUUUUAGUUCAGUCAACAAACAUAACGAAAUGUGGCUGGCACUUAUUGCGGGGCCUGCAGCGUGCCCAAGCCACGCGUCUCUCCUGGGAGUGACAUGGUGGUAUGGGUGCCUGCAGGCUCUGCGCUGCCUGAAAUGGCAGUUUGGGGCAUGCAUCUGCCCUCCGCCUCUCCCUCAGCUGCCCUACAGCUGAAGGGGAGGCGGCGGAGAGGCUCCAUGCCCCAUGGGCGGCUCGCCCCUCCCCCGGUUGCAGGAUGUGCGUGCUGCACCAGGCACCCGAGCGACUAGUUACGCUGCUGAGUAUAUGAUUCUUGGCCUUCGGGUCUUCCAUUUUGCUAAAGAUCUCAUUAGUUGAGGAGCAUCCAUUUUAAGUUUACUGAGUUGGGUGCCAGGCUUGGAGCACCCUGGAGACGGUCACAGAAUAGUUAAGUUAGUAUCACCUGGGGUUUGUAUCUCUCAAUCAGUGUACCCUCAAGAAUGUUGACUAUGUCACUAGGUCAGAAAGAUUCUUUGUAACUUGUUUUCUCGGUUUGCUUGAUGUAGCAGUUCAAUUUGAGCCAGAAGAGAGACUCUUGAGACUCUUGACUUAUCUAAGAGUAGUAUCCAACUCUGGCAUGCAACAGCUUGUUGCACUUAGCGCUUCAGGCUGUGAAUAACUGCUAAAGUACCUAUCUGACAUAUGUGCUCUGGUAGUUCUCUUGUAAAAGCAAAUUGCUUCUGGUCUGGAGCCAAAAUAAGCAACAGCUUAGUGGUGCUUGCUCCAAAAAGGUUUAGGGACAUGCAAAAUUUGGUGUUCAGCAUAUCCUUACUUUUCGUUCUCCUUUUUGGUGGAAUUAUGGUAAAUAAUUCUCUCUGUGAAAUAUGAAAUAGAUCCUCAAUGCCUGUUGCUUAUUGGCAAAAUAAAUUAUUUUGUAUAAAGCUUCUAACCUAUGGUGUGUAGCUAGUAGUAUACUAAUGGAUCUUCUAAUCCAUGUAAGAAAUGAGGGUGGAAUCUUCAGUUUCUACAAUAAACAAUCCUGCACCAUGUGUAAUGAGUCAGAUAAGCCAUAAGGCACUAUUGCAUAUUCAUCUGGGUGAAGAGUAAAAGAUUUAAGGGCUCAUGAGUUGGACCUAUCUUGGUUGUUACAAGGCAACUCUACUUAUCUGUAACUUACUGGCCUUGCAGGAGAAGAGCAAAGAUGCUUUAAAAUGUUAUUUCAUUGAGCUCAAUUAUAAGAUUUGUUAACCUCAUGUGGUUAUAGACUUGAUUACUAUGAAAUGGAUCUCUAUGGUUCCUGUUCUUAAAGAAUGAUUGUUUUUAGAAUAACUUUUAUGUAUUGACAUUUAACAAGGUGCUGGAUCCAGAUCCUAAUAUUGCAUAGCUUUGAUGGCUUUGUUUGUUUUCGUCAGCUGUUUCUGAUGGAUGCUUUGGGCUUCAAGGCUAGCUGGAAAAGAGAAUAAAAAUGCUUAAAUCAUACUAUCUCCUUCCUUUGUGGAAAGAUUUAGAAGAAGGGAAAACAUAAAUAGUGAGCUCUAUAUUGGGGGUGGGGGAGGAGAGAAGAUGUUGUUAACUCAGCAGAUUCAGAGUGACAUGUUUCACAUGCACCUGGCAGCCCAGAUCAUUGUGAUCUGUUCAUGUUGUUAAGGAUCAAAAAGUAAAUUAAAGCCCCAGGAGUUUUCUUCUUGUCCAAAUUUUCUUCAAUAUAUGUUUUUAGGUGAUUCAACAUUACAAAUAAAGGUCACGGCAAACUCAGCUCUGUUCUUGAUUGUGGGGUUUGUUUUUAUAGCGACCAGUGAGAGGGCAUCUCAGUGAUGUAACAUGAAAAAGGCUUUUUGGUUAAUUGGUGGCUGGACCUCUGGAAUGACAAAAGCACUGUGGUGUUUGGAUUCUCCACAAAACCAUAUCUCAAGUGUCUUUUCUCUUUUUUUGGCAGAAAAUGGCUGUUCCCCCUGCUUAUGCUGACCUAGGAAAAUCUGCUCGAGACAUCUUCACCAAGGGAUAUGGUAAAUAUUGCCACAGGGAAAUGGGUGGUGUUUCACUGGUUAUCUGGGUUGUUGAUUUCAAGGAUUUCGCACAACUAUAAUUGCAGUUUCUGGCCAGUUGUGUGUGUUAUAGAUCACAGUCAAUAUACAUAGAUCAAACUGUGCCCUAAGAAUAGGUCUUUCCCAGUAUGCACUAGCUCCUGGGCAUCAUUUAGCUCACUUAGUAAACCUUCUGACUAAAGAUGCACAGGACUUCUCUGUCCGUAUGUAUUUAUGAGUAUAGCUCAUGUCCUUCAAGGUGUAAACUGCAGCAGAGGGAUGCAAAGAAUAGUUCUCGGAUGUAGCUUCCACUUUGUAAAUGCCUAUCUAAGCCCAUCUAACUGUAUAUCUGGAGGCAGCGUUGACAAUUGUGUAUUUUUAAAUUGUUUUUCAGUGGCAGAGACAAGGGGAGACAUGUCCCUUUUUUGACCAGACUGAAUUAACAGUUUUAUCCAGCUGCUGUCAGCCUGAGUAAUCAGUCUUGUCACUUUAUUCGGCAACCUGUGGAAGGGAGUAAAUUUGGGCCAAGUCCCAGCUCCCUUUGAAUUUGUGUACUAAAUACUUUGGAGUAUUUAUUUCAGCAAUUUGCCUUCUGAUCCUUUGAAGAAAACUGUUUGUGUUCUGUUAAAUAUAUCAUGGAAUCAUUGAUCUCACCAUGUGUUUUCCCAUUAUUCAUUUUAUUUAUAUCCUAUCUUUCUUCCAGUAUUGCCUCACAACACGAAUUAAAACAGAUACAACUGAAAACACACCAAUCAACUGAAAUAUAUAAAAAUGCUGUUCAUUUUACUUCUUGUAAGAACAGCAGCAAAAGUUUAUCAUGUUUAUCCUGAUUGUCCUGUGGCUAGGUAAUAUAUCAUGUGAAUAUAAUCAUAUCCCAACUUUCUGCAAGCUGCAGAAAUUAGUGUAGCUUCUUAAAUGCUUUUCUUCCUGCAUAGAAGACUUACAUUUUAUGAAAGUUCAAUCAGAAUCUCUGCUUGCCUCUGCCCCAGAUGGUUACUGACAUCAUUCUGGCUUAUUUAUAUUUUCUUAGGAUUUGGCUUAAUAAAGUUGGAUUUGAAAACAAAAUCUGAAAAUGGACUGGUGAGUAGAGAAAGACCAAACAUAAUUUUUAAUGUCAUUUUAAUUGACACUUCCAAUAAAGCCACCUGUCUACUUGGACAGGGGCCUGUAUAUUUCUCUAACUCUGUAAGGUGACUUUGUGAAAAACAAUUUUUCACCCUGCAUUUUGUCCUUAGGAAUUUACAAGCUCAGGUUCAGCAAAUACAGAAACAACCAAAGUUUCUGGAAGUUUGGAAACCAAGUACAGGUGGACAGAAUAUGGCUUGACAUUCACAGAGAAGUGGAACACAGACAACACACUAGGCACAGAGAUAACUUUAGAAGAUCAGGUGAGUGUUACAUUGAAAGAUGGCAGUUUUUCAGCUCUUUAAGUACUCAUCUUUUCAAACUAUAAAUGCAAUUGGUGAAUUUCUUUUUCUGUUCAGCUUGCACAUGGACUGAAGCUGACCUUUGACUCCUCAUUCUCUCCUAACACUGGGUAAGGAGUGGGUACAUUCAUACAGUAGAAAAACCUUUUUGUUGUUGUUAGUUGCCUGCUUAAUUUGCUUUAUCUUUCCAAUCUGGGCUGCAUUAGUGAUUAUCCUUUGUGUGCGAUCAUCCCUCCCCUUUUCAUGAAGGUCUUUUCUUUUUGCAAACUUAAGUGUGGUGCUAUUUAAAAUAGUUAAUCACUUGAGCCAGUUGUCAUAACUGCUGCUAAUUUUGGCUUAAGAUGCACAUGUGGGUCUUAUAAAUGCAAAAUACAUCUUCCAACAGCCUGCAGUGCAAGGUCUGUUUAGUGCUACUUAACAAUAACUGUCUCACUCUCUACCACUAAGUUGUGCUAUUUGGGACGCCUCUUCUUCCCCUGCCCCAGCUGGAUUUCUGGUCUCCAUUCUUGCAGGCUGUAACGCUAGAUGCCUUUGGUUGGAUGAAAGGUUUUGAUGCUGUGGUUGUUUCCUGCAUGUUAUGUGGGCCAGGAGGAUUAAGCAGCUGGGGGAUUAUACGUACUUAAUAUUUGUGUGUGUGCGUCUUCAUUUUUAUCAUCCUUUCUAAAUGCUCCUGAUGUCAGAAUGUUGCACAGCUAAAAGUAGCGCAUUGCAUUUCUAGUAAUCAGGGCUGCAUUCAUUAUGUGUGGUGUCCCUUUCCUGAGUUGUGGAUGUUCAAUCUCAGAAUGAUUACUGAGUAUCUGCUCCAUAGCCUCCAGAUUUGGCUUUGCAGCAUCAUUACAAACUCAGGUUUUACUAGCAGUGCUUACCUGGAUGGGAAUAAAAAAUGUAAAAUGACAGAGCACCUUUGCUAAAAGCACCAGGGGUUAAUGUGGCAUCCACCUUAGCAUUGACACGAAGCUCUAAAUCAGAGAUCUACUAAAAUUAUUAAAUUAAAUAGAUCCUUUUAAUUACUGGUGUGAUUUUAAAAUGUCCAUUUGGGAAUUAGCCGUUUUAAGACCCAAUUUAGACAUGGUGUUAAAUGCACCUCUUGGUUGUUGCAUAUUUUUUGUUUCAAAUUGGGGUGUGUGUGAUUCACUUCGGGGACUGCGGAAUGUAGGAAAGGAGUGGUUUCACUCCUUCCUCCUUCACCAUUGUGCUAAAUAAAAUUCCUCUCUGCGGAGCUGCUAUUCACCCAAGACACAGGGAACAUUGAUUUUCAUCAGAACCACAGUGGUUCUCCUCCCCACUCCCCAUUCCGACAUCACAGUCCUGAUGAAAACUGGUCUCCCUGUACUUGCCAUUAGUAAUGAAAGGACAAAAGUUGCCGCAGCAUGUUGUGUGUUUAGUGUUGCGUUAAGUGUGGCCCUUUGCAACCCAAUUUCAGAAAUUGCAUUUUCAAAACAGCUGAAUUACUGAUAGCAGAGUGAGGAGGGCUACAUCUUAAAGGCAGGUAAGACACAGAGCCAUAAAUCCCCUUUCCAAGUGAGUGGGUAUUGAGAGGAAUGCUUGUGUGGACUGGACUCCAGCGACAGGUAAUCCUUUCCACUAGGAGUCCUCCAUUCUGUCUCCAUUCUUGCCUUCCUGCUACCUCAUUGGUGGCACAGCAGAAACCACACGUGGGAGCGAUGAACCUCAGUCCUGUCAUUCCCUUGGUGCAGGUGUCUGCAAACUUUGACUCACCUUCAUAACCAAUCAAAAUGUCACCACCAGCCACACCUCUCCCCUGACCUGGUACCUUGGAGCACCUCUGAAGCUCAAUAUGAGGUCAAAGUGUCCAUAACACGCCUUGGGGGCCCCCACUGCCUCCGGUAUGAGACAAGCCUCUCUGGGCGUUGUCCGGUGUUGCGCUCCCCUGGGAUGGACAUCAGUCUUCAUCCCGGAGCACUCAGGGACACAGGUCGGAUGAUCCUGUGCACGCUAUUAAUCAGCAGAGUCUGCAGUGAUGACUGGAAAUAUGAAUGUAAACAUUCUUAGAUUCAUUUUGCAAUAUUUACAGGACAAAUCAUAAUGGUGUCUGCUCUCUUCUUCAGCAGCAGACACAGAGAGAAAAACACAGUGUAACAGCAAGACAUAACAGAAGAGAUAAGAUGUAACUUCCAUCCUCAGACUUUCCCAGCUCAGGAAAGUAAACACAGACAUGUGACUUACCAGUCAUAUAUCAGCAACGGAGGAGUGAUUUGCUAACACAAGGGAGACCCCCCAUCCAUCUUUCACACUGCGAUGGGAUAACCUGUCCCUGAUUUCUGCAGAGGUGCUAAGGAAAGCUGCACAGAGGAGGCUGGCUUCCUUCAUGUUGGGAUAACACCCCAGCGUAGCCACUGGCUUCAGUGGGGAAAGACCCUGCUCUCCUUUUAUAAGUGGGUCCCUUGAUGGAGUUUGGGAGUUGAAAGAGAGGGUAUGUGACAUGCCUGGCAAAGAAAGCUGGGGAAUGGCUAAGGAAGUUUUCCCUGUGGCUUCCAAGCAAGACCGCAGGGCGGAUGUGAAAAGAAGGAAGGUGGCAGCUUUCCUGAGAUGCUAGUUGGGACUGUUCAUGACUGUCCCUUUCUCCAUCAGUGCCACACAAGCAUUCUUUAGGGAGGGAGUAUAGUUCAGAGGUACAGCCUGUGCUUCACAUGCAGAAGGACCCAGUUGAUUGCCCAGCACCAACCUAAUGGCCUAAGGCAGCAGUUCUCAACCUGUGGGUCCCUAGAUGUUGUUGGACUACGACUCACAUCAUCCCUGACCACUGGUCACGCUGGCUAGGAAUGAUGGGAGUUGCAGUCCAACAACAUCUGGGGACCCACAGGUUGAGAAACACUGGCCUAAGGGUCUGAGUAUAAGGCAGUUUCCUAUGUUCCUUACAUGCACAGCAAACUCCAGCUAGAUCAGAUAGCAGGUAAUGGGAAAGUGCUAUCCAAGACUCAAGCCACUACCAGUCAGUCUAAUCAGUUCUGGGUUAGAUGGACAAAUAUUCUAGCCUAAUAUUAGGGUUCCUGCCCAUAUAAAGCUCCUUAAAAAACACACCACGCUGUUCAGGAGUCACAAAUGUCAGAUAUGCAUGUCCUUUCAAUUAAUUCCAGGGAAAAUGGAGGCAGGCCAGCAUCCCUUGAAUUAAUUAUGUGGUUAAGUGACACCAUUUAUAUAAAUGAAGUAGUGAAAGUGUUGCUUGACAAGGACUGGUGUGCGUUACUGAUAGCACCUGCCUUCAGUGAACCUUGAACUGUGAUCUCUUGAGGUGGCUCUGAGGUUUGCCUCUUCUCCAAACUUGAAAUGGAGGUGCCGGUAUGUGAAAGAGGGAUAUGUCUGCCGAUUAAUGUAGCAGUCACCCUCCUGGGGUGCAUGUCACGUCGAACCACGAGCUGUUACACCUGGGGUCUUGGUCUUGGAUCAUCUCAGUGUUCCAAUUGGCUUCAGUGUAAAUAUCCAGGUUGAAUGAAUUGAGAGGAAAUAGUGUGGUUGAUUAAUAACAGGUAAAAAAGUAGGUCCUUAAUUUAACCAGCAUGUGGAAGGGUGCCUGGUGAUAAAGGCAUUGUAAGUAAAAUGUUUGCCAGCCAUCAGUUUUGAGUCAAUAUCUUCAGAUAAUGUUCCAAAUAAUUUUCCUAACCCACUGCAUUGAUCAUUAGUCCCCUGUAUUGAAAUAGUGCAGUGCCUAUUUCAACAGCUCAAAACAGGACUGAUUCCUGGUUAGAAUCAUAGAAUUGGGACAUCAAAAUCAUCUAGUUCAGUCCCCUGCUGAUGUAAUAAAUUUGUUGCUGUAUCCUCCAUGAUAGGUGGCCAUCCAGUUUUUGCUUUAAAAUCUCUAAUAAUGGAGAGGCUGAAAAAAUUGGCCUACUUGUUUCAGCCACCAGGUGCAUGAUGAGGUAGCAGCUUAAGACAGCUUAUGCAUGGUGACUAUAGCCUGUCAAGCGGCUCAGCAUACAAAGAAAGAGGUUAAUUUGUGUUGGCAGUCUCCAUGUUACCGCUAAAGUUUUCUGGUGGUGGCAAGAACAUAAGAGAAGCCUGCUGGAUCAUGUCAAUGACUCAUCUAGUUCAGCGUUCUGUUCUCAAAGUGGCCAACCAAAAUGCCUCUGGAAAAACCAUAAGCAGGAUCUGAGCACAAGAGCACUUCCCUCCUGUAGUUUCCAGCAACUGAUAUUCAGAAACCUUUCUGCCUCCAACUGUGGAGAAUGCAUGGGACUGGUACAUAGCAGUGAGGGGGAAAUAGCUUUAGAAUGCAUGAUUUAAAAUGAAUACUGUAAAGCACGGUUUUCCUUUUAGGAAGAAGAAUGCUAAAGUCAAGUCUGGAUACAAGAGGGAACAUAUCAACUUGGGCUGUGACAUGGAUUUUGACAUCGCUGGUCCUUCAAUACGUGGUGCCUUUGUCUUUGGCUAUGAAGGUUGGCUGGCUGGUUACCAAAUGACUUUUGAGACUGCUAAGUCCAGAAUAACUCAGAGCAAUUUUGCUGUUGGUUACAAGACCGAUGAAUUUCAGCUUCACACCAAUGUGUAAGUACUGGGAAGACUGCAUACUGGGAAAGUAUUGUAAUAGAAAAAAAAAAAGCCUAUCAAGUUGGUGAAAAGGAAGGUGGUACUGUUUCUUUAUCAAUAACUUGGAUUCUUUAAACAUCACUAUGUGGUUUGGUAGGAGGAAGAUUGUAUCUUCACUUAUCCAAAUUUAUAUUUAUUCAAAUAUAUAGGACCUUCCAGAUCAUUUCUAAAUCCAGAUCUCCAAAACCCAGAUGAAGGGUUUGGAGACCUGGGUUCAGAAAUGAUUUGGAAUGGAUGACAGACUUAAAUUCACACUAGUUUAUUGAAGAAAUAAAAAAUGUGAAAGGAUGUUGUUAAUAUAUUUCCUUCAUGUGUUUUUUUUAAAGCACUAUAUAUAAUUUAUUGUAAUUUAGACUGCCCUUCAUCCUGUAGGAUCUCACAGCAGUAUACAAAUGAUGAAAAGUUAAACAAUAUAAACAUUACAAAAAAGAAACAUACCCAUGCCUAGGCUUGCACACUUCCCACAAAUGACUGUACAAUAAAAUAUGAAAAAUGUUCUUACAGGAAUGAUGGCACAGAAUUUGGAGGUUCCAUUUAUCAGAAGGUGAAUAAUAAGUUGGAAACUGCCGUCAAUCUUGCUUGGACAGCUGGAAAUAGCAACACCCGCUUUGGAAUAGCUGCCAAAUAUCAAAUUGAUCCAGAUGCAUCUUUCUCUGUGAGUAACAUGUGGACACUCAUUUUCAUUGAGAUUUAUUCUGUUACAGAAGUUGACUGCUUAAUUCUCCUGGAACUCCAAGACCAUUUAACAGAAGCAGCUCAGCAGGUGGGGUGGAACAGCUAUGCCAGCUUCCCAGCAGGUGGGUUUCUGUUGCUUCCUGCAAAGGGCAAGGUGGUGGUGAGGUUGGUGCAGUGCAAAAGCACCAGCAGAGCCAGUCCUGCACUUUCGCCAAUGCACAGACCUUCCUGCUGCCCUCCCCUCCCCUCCUGGACAGCAACAGCAACCCAUCUGCUGGGUCACCUACCUCACCUGGUAAUCACUGCUUCCUCUUGCUUCACGUAUCAAGCAAAGUCCAGGCAAGGAAAGCAGCCCUGAGAGAAAAGAGACACUUGCACCUCAGCACCUCUCAUAAACACGAAAUCUUUUUUGUUUCCAUUUGCUUUCCCUUUAAUGUCACAUUUCUUAAUUUAUUUCCCCAUGUUAUUCAGCUGUAUUCAGAUACAUUGGGUGUUAACAACAUGGACUCGUUGAUAAGAAACAAGAAAACAGCAAUACAGCUUUGUAGAUCUAGCACUUUGCCUAAUUGCUCAUUGUGAGUAACUAUCACCACCACAUGCCUUCUCACUGCUGCUGGGAUGUGUAUGCAGCUGCCGUAGCUUCGCUCAGUGCUGUGCUAUGGCAGCUGCACAGACAAUCUCCUCAUCGUUUCCUUUGACUCAUGAAACAACUGGCUAAAGAAUAGAAGGGAGAAUGAGCCAAAAGGUUUAACAAACCUUAUUUAUGUGUGUUUUGAACUAGCAGUACUGCAAGAGCUGCUGCACCUGUGGCUGGCUCGUUCUCUCUUCCAUCUGAGGCAGAUUUAGGGGAGUGCGACUGGUUCACCCACACUGGGCGCUGAGCUGAGAGGGUGCCACAACAAUGACUUAGAAUGGAAGGCAAGAGGGGGGGUGUGCUGAAUUUUGGUGUCACACAGGAUGCUGCUGAUAUUUGAAAGCCCAAAGUCUGCCACUGGGCAAGGAGGAGGAGAGGGCCUUCUUGGUGGUGGUGCCCGCCCUGUGGAAUGCCCUCCCAUCAGAUGUCAAAGAAAUAAACAAUUACCUGAUGUUUAGAAGACACCUGAAGGCAGUCCUGCUUAGGGAAGUUUUUAAUGACUGAUGUUUUAAUGUAUUUUUAAUCUUUUGUUGGAAGCCGCCCAGAGUGGCUGGAGAAAGCCAGCCAGAUGGGCAGGGUAUAAAUAAUAAAUAAAUUAUUAUUUUUGUUGUUAUUUGCAGGGCCAAAGGUCCCCUAUGCCUGACAUAUAGGGUUGUGUCCAAUGUUAGUUCUACUCUGAGUAGCCCCAUUGAAAUGAAUAGACAUGGCUAACUUAAGCCCAUUAAUUUCACUACUCCACAUAAAUUUUGCUGGGUACGACUAAUUGCCCCACAAUCACAUCUGAAUCAUAACAUUUUUUAUUUUAAAUCUCUGCACCUGAAAAACCCCUCUGCAUUUUCCUUCCCUGGGAUGUUUUAUCGUGUUUUUAAUAUUCUGUUGGAAACCACCCAGAGUGGCUGGGGAAACCCAGCCAGAUGGGCGGGAUAUAAAUAAUAAAUUAUCAUCAUCAUUAAUUAUUAUAGCCCCACAUGUAGCCUCAGUAGCACUUAUGCUUUAAAACACUGGUCUUUACUAUGGUGGCUGUGGUUCUAUCCUGCUCGUUCCACUUGUGGACAGGUGCCUGACAAGGCCCCACUGGGGAGGGCAACGGGGACGGGCAGUAGAGGCACGAGGGCAGGGUGAAAAGCAGGAUCCAAUAGGCAAUCAGAGCUGUGGUAGAAGUUGACGACCCCUUUCAUUAAUUAUUUCCUUGGUUGGAAUAAUGCAUGGCACACCUGCAGUAGCUAUUCUGGAGAGUGGAAAGCGAGGGCUCUCCCGUUCAAGGCCAGCCUUCCGUAUUUUGUCUGCAGUAUAGAGGCUGGCUGGCAACUGGAUGACUUGCAGAGAGCUUUUAAAAUGAUUCAUGGCAGCAAAACAUCAUGCUUAGCCUUAGGUUCAAAUUUAUAAAUGGGUGGGGUGGGGUGCGGUAUAAGUUUCCAUUUGCUUUCCCUUUACACUGGCACAAGCCAACAGCCUAAGUUCAUUCUACUUGUGCCAUUUGAGCUGCAAGCCACAAUAUUGUACUGAUCACCUGGAGAAAACUUUUGUUCAGCAAAAGUAAAGAGUUUGUUAGGAAAUGCAUGAAUAGUCCUUUGCACAUUUAGCUGAUGGGGAUGGGCAGGGCGGGGGGAGACCUGUUGAACUCAACAAGAUCUGCGUUUUCAAAUACACAUCCACAUGCUUUCCGAAUUCCCAGUUUCCUUCCCCUGAGGAAAUAAACUGUCAUUUCUGUUUUCCACAAUUCUUUUUAUGAUCUGCAACAAGAACUUUGAAAGAUACCUUCACUUUUGUUUUUCAGGCUAAAGUGAAUAAUUCCAGUCUGAUUGGUUUAGGAUAUACUCAGACUCUGAAGCCAGGUACGCGUGGAAUAGAAUUGUAUUUGAUUCUGCUGACCUUUUCUGUCCAAAUGGUUAUGGUAGAAAAUGACAUGCGUGAUUUUGUUGUAUGCUUGUGCUGUGUGGAAAGCCUGAUUAUUCUUCAACCCUAGUGAUCAAUUCUUUCAGGCUUUAUUUUUAUCUAAAUUGGAAUUCUUGUGAAGGCGACUGAAUGCCACUCCAUCUGGUUUCUAUAUUUUUUCCUGUACUUCCUCAAAAAAAUUGCCACUACAGUGCCAAAAACAUUAAAUCUAAAUUGACAGAAAAAGCUGAUCAGUCUGUGUAAGAAUUAUGGAUAAUUGAUCAUGCUUUAUUGUAGUCAUUUGCUUGGAUCAAAUCUAAAAUACUAAAAGAGGGUGAGUCAAAGGACAGUGUUGCUAAUGCUGACAUCACAAUAGCUUAGUGAGGUUUCUUGGUAGUUGUAUUGAAGUUUUGGAACCACUGUCCUAUAUCAGGAAAGUAUUAAUUAACCCUUUAUAUCCAUUGUAUGUCUAGUUCUCAUACAUCUCUCAGAUAGGCUUCCUAUAUGUCCAGAAUUUCCCAGACAUAGCCAGAACACGGCAGUCGGAAACUGUCCGGGCAGAAAUCUCUGUCAGAUUGUAUGCAUUGCCCUUAUGUUCCUAAGUAUGAAUGCUCAUAGCUUCUCUCUCCCUGUUUUGCUAUGCAGGUAUUAAAUUGACAUUGUCAGCGUUGUUGGAUGGGAAGAAUGUCAACGCAGGUGGCCACAAACUAGGUCUAGGACUGGAAUUUGAAGCAUGAAAGAAGGAAUUGUACCACCGUUAUUUCUGGUGAUUAAUUCUGAAAUACUAUACAGCAUAGCUACCUUCCGAAUUUAGUGUACUUUUCAAUGUUUUAUGUCUGGGAUGCAAUUAUUGCCAUGUGUCAGUCAUGUUGAACCUGGUUAAAGAAGGCUAAGCUUCAAAGUGUGUGUUUUCAGAGAAGGCCGGUGAUGAUUUUUUCCCUCCAGUUCCAGGCCUUUGGGGGAAUGUUGCUUAUUAGAACGCCAUACUUACCAGCUUUUAAUAUGAAGGUCUGAUUCUUGUCUUGAACCUUUUUCUUAAGAUAAUGGUUCCUGAAAUGGUUGAAACAUUUGGAAUUCAUGCUAUGAGAAUGCCAAUCCAUCCAAGUGCUUGGGAAGCUCCUUUUCCUGUCACUUGAAUUAGCAGGCUUUCAUUCUGUGAUGGAGUGUUCAAAUUUGUCUGAUAAGGGGCUGCUCAGGCAGAUGCAUCACACACGUUUAAGUCUUACUUAGUUCUCCCUCCUACACCUUCAGCUCUCUUCCUACACCAACAGCUUGUCCUUGGAGUGCUUUAGAGUGUUCACUUCGUAUAACUUUGGCGUGUAGAAAGUUUGAUGUGACUCAGCCAACACCACUUAAAAAUCACACCCCGUGUUGUGGUUCUUUCCCUUGCACUCAUUAUGGAAAAGCUUGUACGACAGAGCCAUAAGCAGGGAAGUCUUUUGUAACUGUAAUCACCUAGUGACAUUGCAUUAAACAAGAUGGACUUUGUUUCUAUCACUUCUUCUCCUCUCUUUUUAGCAGUUUAAUGGUUACAUCUUCAGUCUUCCAUCUUUUUUUGUGUGGCAUUAGACCCCAAAAUGCUGUACUGGACACCACUUAAAAUGAAACAAACAAGCAAACCCAACUUGAAUAAAACAUUGAAACUUCAUCUCUAAUUGUGUCUGUUUUCCUAAAUGGUUUAGCAUCUCCAUCUGUGUUCUUACAAAACGCAAUGGCUACAUUUCUCUUGACAACUUAUAGGUGUUUUCCCCCCAUCUGUUGUAAGACAGAACAAACAGAUGAGUGUAUAUCCCAGUAAAGCCCUCAGUAUGAAAGCUUUUGGUUAUUAUGGAAACAAAUGAGACCCCCCAACGUUGCAGUCACUUUCUAACAGGUAUGCUAACUAGUCAUAUUCUCCUCUAGGACACUUCAUGACUCCCCACUGUUUCCAUGGUUUCUUUUCCAGUUUGACCCUCAACAUUUCAUGGGAUAAUCCACCCUCAUUUGGAUUCAGGUUUUUUUUUUUUUUUUGGGUGUGCGUGUAUUUUUUCCUUGCUAAAUUGUUUAAAAGAAUUCUGCAAACCUUGGGAUUCCCCAAAGCAUGCUGAUAUCUCCCCCAGUGUACAUGGAGUUAAUAUACACAAAAAAUGUAGGUCUGUGUCUUGAGGAACUUUUGGUAUGGGGUAGACAUUUUGGAAGAUGGAGGAAUGGAAGGAAUGAGAGCCUGGAUGACACAAUAGAUCCAUAUAAGACUUUCUACUGUGGUAUUGCACAUCUGUUUGAGAGAUCUACCCUUUCCCCUGCACUAUGAUUAUAGUUGCUUUCAUCACAAGCAAUGCACAUGAUGGGGAAAAAGUACAUUCCUUGGAGUUUGUUUACAGCCUUAUCAGCAAAUGAAUAACCUUGACAGAUGUCUGUCAUUGGUUCUUGAGCCAAUGGUUUAUUACAGUGUUCCUGUUCUUUUCAAUGUUUUGCAUUUGCCAAUCUGAUUAACAUGUUCUCUCUGUCCAAAUCUUGGCUGAGCCAGAGCUUGGCAUUUUUAGCUCAACAGGCUAAAGUUUGGCAGCAGAGAGAAAUUCAAAUUCGAUAUACCUGCUAUGCGCUGAGUGCAAACUGGUAAAGCCAUCUAAGCAUCAACAUGAACCAAGCUGAUGUGAUGAGAAGCAUAAGCACUAACCAACCACAGAUGAGCAGCAAGCUCCACCCCUACUGAAGACCCUACUCUGAAUUGUGUGUGUGUGUGCGCAUGCGCCAACCUGGCACUAGUAAAAGGAGUGGGGCAGAUCAAACUACCUGAGAUGAGGUGUUUCCACAUGGCUGUUUAUUUCAGACUCUGUACCACUCAUGCUUAUAAGUUUUUGUGAUGUCUCCACAACAACAUCAUCAAACUUUCAGCCCACGUUUCAUUUCGCUUUAAUAUGGAUUUCCCCUUACGACAAUAAAAUCCAAUAAGUAAACCCCUUAUCCAUCUGCCAUCACUGCUGAUGUGAAAGUUGCUUAAUGCAUUUUUUGGGUGAGUGGUCAGUUUGUCAUAUGUGUGGUGACAUUUCUGUUGCUCCAGGCCCCCUUCCACCUGUGCAAGGCCUGUAAUAAUAAUAGUAAAAAGUUUGGGGCUGCUUUAUGUGCUGUUUCCCUUGUAAAUUAAGCUAAUUCCUCACCUUCUGGACUUCUCAGACUAGUUUUCAACUUCAGCAUAAAGCACGCACGAAUCGAACAGUGGUGCUAAGAUGGGUGAAAGGGAAUCAAAUCAGCCCUGAGUUUGCUGCAAGAGGCUUUUGGAAAGGUUUUGGGGAAAAACAAAGAAGAGGCAAGAGAGCAACCCUGCUUGCUGCCUCCUGCUGUUUCCCCACCUCCCAAAUCCUUCAGUAGUGGAGAGGUUUGAAAAAAACAUCAGCGAGCGGCUCAGGACUGAAUUGAUUUACCUGCUGCCUCAGCAACGUGACCAGAUCCUUGGAUGCUUGAAGCUGAAGUUUAAUGGUUGGAGAAGGCAGCAAAAAUGGAAUUAUCUUCACUAUCAGAAGCAUUGGCACACACACAGGCCCCACUCAGAGCACUAAGCUGUUGCAUUUUGUUUUUAUUAUUACAUAUCUUGCACAAGUGUUAAAUCAGAACUGCACAAUUAUUAUUUUUUAAAAAAGAACAAACUGAUGGCUGUCUAGUCAUCUAAGGUGUCUGAGGGAAGAGUGUUUAAGGAGAGGAACAAAAGCUACACAUGAGAUUGUACUUUGAAUAUCUUCUGCCCAAUUCUGGGGCAGGCAGCAAGCAGCAGAACAGGGAUCAAUAGGGUGACUGGGGAAAAAGGGAGUGUGCUAAUAGAGCGUGCAGAAAUAUCAGCUCUGAAAGAGUUUGUGAGCUAAUGCCCCAUCUGGACUCAGCCUUGGACAGGAUUUGCUGCUGUGUGGCUUGGCUUUUGCGUGGACUAACAAGUCCUUUUAGCACCCUCUAUUGCAACCCGCGCAAUCAAGUUGCUACGCACAUGGUGCCACAUAGGCAACCCCUAGCAGGCAGUAUGCAAGCAAAAACUCCUUCUCCCUCCUCCUCUGAUUGCCUCGUACACCCCAGAGGCAGCACCCAUGCCACUGAGAGGCCUUUGCAGAGGAUAUCAAGCAGAAAGACGCCGACCUGCAGUCUAACAAGUUGCCUGCCCAUUUCCCUUGGGAGUCCCAUCCUGGAGUCAAAUCAAACUAGGAUGUGGAUUAAGAAUCUCUCUCACCCUCUAGGUGAAUACUUCUGGCAACACUCAGACCUUUAUUGAGCAACAUCCAGGAUACAGAGCAACACCCACCAUGUUUUUACAGAGGGUGGUGAACACAGCACAUGAUAUCAUGGGCUGUCCCCUGAACCCGCUAGAUGACAUCGCAAGGGAUCGAUGCCUUAGGAGAGCGAGAAAAAUUCUCAGGGACGAUUCACACCCCGGCCAGCACCUGUUUAAUCUUCUACCCUCAGGCAGGAGAUAUAGAAGUAUAAUCAGUCAUACCAACAGGCUAAAAUACAGUUUCUAUCUGUGGGCUGUUAGGCUGCUGAAUGGAAAAUAAUAUAGUGCAAAUGACUUUUGGGGUUGGUGUAUUGUGCGACAAGCACACAGAGUGCAAUGAGAUUGAGUGUUUGUGUGUGGGGGGAGG